UCAGUACCGUUUCUAACUUCCCUUCACUUCUGCAAAUCCCAGCCGUAAUAAUUUUAAAUCACGCGAAGCAAAAUCGAAAAUAUGAAAGAUAUGAGGGAAAAUAAGUCCGUAAAAUACACAUAACACGUGUCUGUAAAGAAUUUCUGUUCAACUGCAUGUUUUAUAUCCUCAUCGGUCGCCAGUGAUGUGGAUUUAGCCGGAUUUAACGUUAUUAUCAACUCGCGUGUGCUCAUCUGUUAUUCAGGAUUAUUGAUCUGUUUUCAACACUAAAUCACCCGAAUAAAGAGAUGGACGUUGAAGUGGUUAGUUUCCGUUUGCCUGGGCAUGGAGACACAGCCAUGAGUAAUAUGAACUCUCUGCGGUCACAGCAGCACUUCUGUGAUGUCACCAUUAUGGCCGGGGGCAGACGAAUGUUCAGGGGUCAUAAGGUGGUACUGGCUGCUUGCUCUGCCUUUCUUAGGGACCAGUUUCUUCUGAACCCUUCAUCAGAGCUACAGCAGGUGUCAAUGUUGCACAGCUCAACAAUUUUAUGUGAGCUCCUCCAGUCCUGUUACACAGGGAUGCUGCAGUUCAGUGCUAAAGAGAUUGUGAACUACCUGACCGCCGCCAGUUACCUGCAGAUGGAGCAUGUGGUGGAGAAAUGCAGAGGAGCCCUGACACAGUACAUGCAGCCCCGGAGUCGCAGCCCGAUGAGUGUUAAAACUGAAGACCCCCAGUCCAUGCCUGUGAUGGUCAGUGGAUCUCUGUCGUCCCCUUCUGACCGGGCAUCAUCGCACCCUCACAGCUCUGGAAAGGAUGCAGAACAUUCUGGCAUUCAUCACAGAGAUCCCAGUGAUUUGUCUAUGCAGCAUGUUAGAGGAUCUGAGCCGUCUGGCCACUUCGGGGACGGCGGUGAGUCUGAUGUCUUUCAAGUGCAAAUCAGCGAUGAACAUCAAGAUCCAGAUAAGAACCUCAGUAAUGACGAGAUGAAAAGAGAACACGUUGUGAUAGAUGACCAUGGUCAAGUGCUGGACACAGGUGGAGAGGAACCUAACAUCGAUGGUCGAUCAAAAGGCAUUCGAGGCGCCGGCCAAAGGUGGAGGCGAAGAUACGGGGAGCACAGGGGAGGCAGAGGAAGGGGCUUCAAGCCCAGGAAGCGAUACACGUUCAAAGAUCGCAAGCCUCUGGGUAACUAUCAGGAGGCGUGGCGAUUUCCCACCCCGGAUGAGAUCAUGGGUAGUUUCGGAGCGAACUUCGGUGGUGACUACCUAUCCGGUCAGCAUCUCGCAGAUGGUUCGCUCCGCAUGGAUUACAGGAUGGGCGAAGGACAAGAUGAGGACGGCUCUGAAGGAGGUCCGUCCCACUUCGGUGUGGAAGCUUCUGGCGGGGAAGGGGCAAUGGGAGUCGGGACACCGGCGAACGAGCACGGCACGGCCGACGAGUCGGUGGCGGUCGUCGGCUCCACGUCCUGCUCGGCGGGACCGGUGGUGUGCGAGGACUGCGGGCUUGCGUUUUCCUCGACGCAGGAUUUGGCAGUGCAUUCCCUGGCGACGCACCGACUGUACGUGUGUCCGUGCUGCGGUAAGAACUUCAGCCACUCCAGUAACCUCAACCGCCACAUGAUCGUCCACCGCGGAGUCGCCAAACUCCACUGCUGUCCCCUGUGCCACAAAACCUUCACUCAGAAGUCAACACUGUGCGACCACAUGAACCUGCACAGCGGGGAGCGGCCACAUAUUUGCGCGUACUGCCACGUGAGCUUCGCCCACAAGCCCGCUCUACGUCGUCACCUGAAAGAGCAGCACGGAAGGACCACUGCCCAAAACUAUCUGGAGAUGCAGCGAAAUAAUGAAGAUGCGGCUGGGGGUGUUGGAGGAGAGGUUUAGGGUACAGUUAUAGGUAUAGUUACAGUUAAAGUCAACAUGAAAUUUUGCUCUCCUUGUGCGCGAUUCCUCAAUGCGCGUUAUUCCAAAGUGAAAAAUCAAAGUAAUCGAAAUGUGACAUACUUUGCUCUCUCUAAAGACCCAAAUAUACUUAUAAAGUACGUAUAAAGUUUUUUUACGCAUACGCAACUGUACCCACACAGUCUUGCAAAAUAUACUUCAUUUGACUCGUACGCGUAAACAGACGUUCGCAUGCCCAUUGCGACAAAUUACAAUACCUCUCCUGGCCUACAUACUUUAUUUUUCUGAACGCACAUACACCGUACAGUACAUGUGUACUAUUCUGAUGCCGAAUUUGUGCUGCGCACACUGUCCGCUGACCCUUAUGUAUGCGUAAAAGUGAAGUACUGCCUUACAAAGUACAGUUUAUUUGACUUGUACGUGUACACAGACGUUUGACAACAAAAUUGAAUGCAACUCAUGGGCUACAUACUUCAUUCUCCUAUAGGUGCAUGCGGGACCUACGCAUACAAUGUACGAGGGGUUUCAAAAAUCCAUACAGUACGCACACAAUCUUCUCAUGCUUCUCACACUGUGCGUAGACUCGCGUGUAUGCGUAAAAAGUAGACAAUACUUAUGCUGCGUUCACACCAGCCAUGGUAGAGGCAUCAAGCGCGAGUGAUUUCAAUGUUAAGUCAAUGUAAAGACGCGUUAACGCGCGUCUGGAGGUCUCGUGCCGCGCUAAAUGCCUCAUUCGUGCAUCUAGUAUGCACAAAUGAUGUAAAAUUGAGCGUUGCCGCUGGAAACGCGCGAGUUAAAUAAAUGUGAUCUUUGUUGGAAAAACACGCCAUGUUAACCAAUUACAGGAAGCGAGCGGAGUCGCAGAAGCCCCUCCCAUGAUGCAAAUUUUUGCGUGAAUGUCUCAAUGAGUAUGAAAUCAGGGUAAUGAGCAAAAAACUACCUGUGCCGAUCGGUUUUUGCUUACGCCGUUUAUGGGCUUUCCUCGAUUAAAGAAAACUGUUUUAUGCGUUUACAUGACCCCACGUGUUAUCAGUUUAUUAAGCAUAAUCGGUGUAAGACUGUGCAUGUAAACGCACUCACUGACUAGAAUUUCACGCGCGGCUUUCACGCACGAAUGAAGCAAGUACACUCAAAAUGUUAAAGCGUCCAACUACGCACUGUAGACGGAAAUUUGACGCCUCAAACGCGUCUGGUGUGAACCCACAGUUAUGCUACGUACACACCAAAUGCGGGACAUUGUGUUACUCGCUCUAGAUUACUUGUGGAAUUUAACUUCGUGUCAUGCGAAUUUUUCGCUCUAGUUGAAUAUUUUCAACUUGGGCGAAAGACGCGUUUGAGGCAAAUAGCGCUUGUUUUCGCGGCAAAAGCACCGCCCAUAUCGCGUUAUUCGCAUCGCCCCACGCGAGGACGCGUCUGAUCGGGUCUUUGCAUUGACUUUGUAUGUAAUCUACUCACGCAAAUCGUUGAACUCGCGUCUGGUGUAAACCCACAGUUAGGCAUUUAAAGCGACUUUUCUUUUCCUUGUGGUUCACUUCAUGUAGGCCACACUGACUAUUGGUUAAGCACCAAAUUAACCCAUUACCAAAAAGCGAUUUUAGCAUUGUUUUAGUGUUGUAGGUGAUGCAGACUUUCAAUAAAUUUGCCUAUAUUUAAUUGCAAUAUUUCAUUUGUAAUGAUCAUUGGGAAACAAGGCUGAACUUUUAGCCUCUAAAACGCAUUUUCAAAGUGUUUCUUGCGAAUAUACCAUUUCAUGCAGUUAUACCUCGCGUUUCAAUCGUAUUUCAUGUUGACUUUAAUAGCAGUAUAAUGAAUACAUAGUUGCUUCACAGUAAUACAGCAUUGUCUAUUAGUAAUGUCACUGUGUGAAUCCUAAUACUGCCAAAGCUUUCCAGUUCUUCAGGCCAGAGAGUCUGAAUGACGCGAGUGCCCUUAUACUCUACACUCCUCUGUGUUUCUCACCAGUUUAAUGAUCACAAUGCAGAUGAUAAUCCAGACUCAUGAAGGGAAGUUCUAGCAUGUGACUUGUAAAAUGAGGGAUAAACAAGAUGAGGACAAACUACGGCAUGAUUCUGUACUGUGGCGCGAUGAAGAAAGUAACAAAACGUCAGUCUGUCAUUUCAGUAGUGAAACUUAAGUGUAUGUAUGUCAUAAUUAUAUGGAAAUAAAAGAAGCUUGUCUCGUA